CCAGGUAUUUAUUUCGCAAAAUUAACAAAAAUAAAGUGAAUAAACGUAAUAUUUCGUGAUAUAUCUUCCUCAAAAUGAACGCUAUUAUUGGCCUGUGUCAUUUCUGUGAAGCACAUGGUCCCAGGCCAUUGUUUUGUACGUUUACAACUGACGACGAAAAUCAUACGAAAGAAUCCUCAAAAUCUACUGUAGAAUGCACAGGAUGUUCUUCUCUCGGUUCGGAGACCAUACUCGUGUCACGAGACGACGAUGGCACGAUAUUCUGCAGUAGAGAAUCAGUAGUAAAUGCAGAUGUAACCACUUUUCUACGACAGGCAGCUAUCAGAAGUAUUACUUGUGAAGUAAGUUGGAGCAAAGAAGGUGGAGUGGUAUACUUCAGUGACACACAGGGGCAUGUCCUAAGCCUGACGUUUCAGCUGAAAGAUACGCGCGCUCGCGGUCUGAAGCGCUGGUUCUCAAUAGUCGUGCUCAUGAAGGACAAAAUGCUGCUACUAAAUCUCAUGCCAGUUCUGUCUGAACACAUGCAGAAAAUAUCAAAAGAGCUACAAGAUUCAGCUGAAACUGUAUACAACAAUGAACAAAAGAUAUGCUCCCAAAGAGCUUUGAGGCUGAAAACUGGAAGGAAUGAUUUUGGACAAUCUAGGUCACUGAAACAACUAACAGGUGAUGAAGAGGUUUUCAAGAGACUUCACUCACACUUCACAUGGAUGCUAAAGGCUGGGGCUCUAACAUACUCGGAGACAUUGUACACAAGCCAUGACCUACUAAAUAAACUCAACCCUCAAAUGGUCAAGAACUCAAUAUUUGAUACAAAAGUCUGUGAAAUCCCAAGCGAAGAAAACUGUAUUGAUUUGAGAGCAUUAGAAAAUAUGCUGUCUAAAUCUGUAUUCCGAAUACUACUGUACUGUACAUUGAUGGGAAUCAAUAUUGAAAUAAAACCUAACAUUGAAGAAGCCAGCAUUAUCACUAAAGGAUUGAAAAGAUGUGUACCUAUAGAUGUUGAAACACCAAAUGUAAGAAAUGUAAACCAAAAAAUACCUGCUAAGGAUAAAAGAAGUGUCUGUAUUUUAGAAAAAACUGAUAAUAGUAACUAUUGCUGUAAUUGGUCUGGAAGUUUACCAAGUAAAUGUCCUACAAUAAUGAUAAGAAUAGAAAAUGCAAUGGAGAAUUCAAGUUUCAAUGAUGCAGUUCUCCAUCAACACAUAAAAUCAUUAUUAUUAGAAUGGCUUGGAACAGCAAAAGCAGUCAAGUCUGCAAUAGAAUCAUCAGGGCCAAAAUCAGAAGCAGUUGCUAACCUGAAAAAGGUGUUUGGUCUAUCACCUCAAGAUGACUUAUUGAUAAGCUAUUGGAUCAGUGCUUAUUGUUGAUCAAUCUCAAAACUUACAAGUGCUUUCUAAAAGCCUAUUUGUAGAAAAUAUAGUAAUGUAGUUUAGCCAUGUAAGAAUAAAUCUGUGAUAUUACAAGUGUAAA